AUGAACGAGACGUUGACGACGCAGGGUGGUAUCUCGGAUCCCGCCCUCAUCAAGCUCGUCAACAAGCUCCAAGAUGUCUUUUCGACGGUUGGUGUGAACAACCCUAUCGAUUUGCCACAGAUAGCCGUCGUCGGCAGUCAGUCCAGCGGAAAGAGUUCCGUUCUCGAGAACAUCGUUGGCCGAGACUUCCUCCCUCGAGGAUCAGGUAUCGUCACGAGACGGCCGCUCGUCCUCCAGCUUAUCAACCGACCUGCGACGUCGCAAACGAACGGAGACAGCGACGAUGUCUCCGGCAACACAACCGACUCGGCUGCGAAUCCGGACGAGUGGGGCGAGUUUCUGCAUAUCCCCGGCCAGAAGUUCUUCGACUUUAAUAAGAUUAGAGACGAGAUCAGCCGGGAAACAGAAGCCAAGGUCGGCCGAAAUGCCGGCAUCUCUCCUGCCCCUAUCAACCUACGAGUCUACUCGCCCAACGUCCUGACCUUGACACUGGUCGAUCUGCCGGGACUGACCAAGGUACCCGUUGGCGACCAACCUCGCGACAUUGAGAGGCAGAUCAAAGAUAUGGUUUUGAAAUACAUCGGAAAGUCAAACGCCAUCAUUCUGGCUGUCACUUCAGCCAACCAAGAUCUGGCCAACUCUGAUGGCUUAAAGCUUGCCCGCGAGGUUGACCCGGAGGGUCAGAGGACGAUCGGUGUUCUGACCAAGGUAGACUUGAUGGACGAAGGUACGGACGUUGUGGACAUUCUGGCUGGUCGCAUUAUCCCGCUGCGGUUGGGGUACGUACCAGUCGUCAACAGAGGGCAACGCGACAUCGACAACAAGAAGCCCAUUUCGCAGUCUCUCGAGGCCGAGAAGAACUUCUUCGAGAACCACAAGGCGUACCGGAACAAAAGCUCGUACUGCGGUACCCCGUAUUUGGCAAGGAAGCUCAACCUGAUCCUGAUGAUGCACAUCAAACAGACCUUGCCGGACAUCAAGGCACGAAUUUCCAGCUCGUUACAGAAGUACACAGCCGAACUGGAUAGUCUAGGCCCGUCCAUGCUGGGUAACAGCGCAAACAUCGUCCUCGGUAUCAUCACGGAAUUUACGAAAGAGUGGCAAUCGGUAUUGGACGGAAACAACGGCGAGUUGUCGAGCACAGAGCUGUCUGGUGGUGCCAGAAUCAGUUUCGUGUUCCACGAACUGUAUUCUAACGGUGUCAAGGCAGUCGACCCCUUUGACAUGGUCAAAGAUGUCGAUAUCCGGACCAUUCUGUACAACUCGUCGGGUUCUUCUCCAGCACUCUUCGUGGGCACCACGGCAUUCGAAGUCAUCGUGAAGAAGGAGAUCAAGAGACUCGAGGAGCCCAGCUUGAAGUGUGUCUCGCUCGUCUACGAUGAGCUAGUGCGUAUCUUGACGCAGCUUCUUUCCAAGACACUUUACCGAAGAUAUCCAUCGCUGAAGGAGAAGAUGCACGGAACCGUCAUCAACUUCUUCAAGAAGGCCAUGGAACCCUCCAACAAGCUCGUGAGGGAUCUUGUUGCUAUGGAGGCUUGCUAUGUCAACACGGGUCACCCCGACUUCCUCAACGGCCACAGAGCGAUGGCUAUUGUCAACGAGCGUUACAACGGCGCAAAGCCUGUCCAAGUUAACCCCAAGACCGGCAAGCCGUUGCCUGACGCGGGCACCCCGGUCCGUGCUGCUAGUCCCUCCAUGGAUAGUAACCUAGACAACAACUCGGGCUUCUUCGGGAGUUUCUUUGCUGCCAAGAACAAGAAGAGAGCUGCAGCUAUGGAGGCUCCCCCUCCAAUGCUUAAGGCCUCGGGCACGCUCUCUGAGCGGGAGAAUAUCGAGGUGGAAGUCAUCAAGCUACUCAUCUCUUCGUACUUCAACAUCGUGAAAAGAACCAUGAUCGACAUGGUGCCCAAGGCUAUCAUGCUGAACCUUGUCCAGCUCACGAAAGACGAGAUGCAGAAGGAGCUGCUGGAAAACAUGUACCGAAGUGAGACCUUGGACGAACUGUUGAAGGAGAGCGACUACACCGUCCGCCGGCGGAAGGAAUGCCAACAAAUGGUAGAGUCGCUCGGCAAGGCUAGUGAGAUCGUCAGCCAGGUACAGUGA